AGACACAAACUUAUCGAAAAUUCAUAAUCAACUACUUGCUUUAAAUUCCAAUUAAUUAACACCCAUUUUACAAUAUUUGAAGAUUCUAUAGCUAGAGAAUUCAAGAAUGGGAGUAAAAGCUAGCAAAUUGAGCCAACUAAUUGGAGCUAAAAAUGUUAAGAGAUUAGUUUGUCCUUCAACAGCACCUAGAGGUUAUGUGCCUAUUUGCGUUGGAGUUAAUGAUGAUAUUAGAAGAUUUGUUGUUCAUACUCGAGCUCUUGGUGACGCUGAGUUCUUGGAGCUUCUUUGUAAAUCGGCCGAAGAAUAUGGGUUUUGUAAUCAAGGUGUUUUGAGGAUUCCGUAUGAAGCAAAAGAUUUCGAGGAGUGGAUGAUUAGAAGAGCGGGCUUGAAGAUUAGUCGCGUUAAAUCGGGGUAAUUAGUCUUUUUAUUUUUAUGUGUAUUAGUUCAUGUAUAUAUUUAUUGGAUACGUUUUGUGAAUAUCUUCAUUGGUGAAAUUUCAAUUAGCAAAAGGAUUAUUAGUA